GCAUAAAUAGCAAGACUCCUACUGUCUUCUCUUGCAGACCAACUCAGCUGCCAGCAAAAGCAGGUGCUCUCCCCCUACCAGUGCUCCAGAGGAAAUAUUUAGGAAUGGAAAACUUGAUGUUUGUCUACUGCUCCUGUAAAAUUAUCUGGACAUUGCUUUUAACAGUACUCGGUUAUGCCAGCGGUUUGCCUGUGGGUGAUGAUUCUAUUUGCACAGCAGAGGAACUUGCUAAGUACAGCAUAAUCUUCACAGGGAAAUGGAGUCAGACUGCUUUCCCUAAGCAGUAUCCACUUUACAGGCCCCCAGCACAGUGGUCAUCAAUGCUAGGUGUUACUCAUAGUUCUGACUACAACAUGUGGAAAAAAAAUGAAUAUGCCAGCAAUGGUGUACGUGAUUUUGCUGAAAAGGGUGAAGCAUGGGUAUUAAUGAAAGAAAUAGAAGAAGCUGGAGAGAAAAUUCAGAGUGUACAUGGAAUCUUCUCUGCUCCUGCCAUUUCCACUGGUACAGGACAAACCUCCACUGAAUUAGAAGUGCAUUCAAGACAUCCCUUAGUUUCAUUUGUUGUACGAAUUGUUCCAAGUCCUGACUGGUUUGUGGGUAUUGACAGCCUAAAUCUCUGUGAAGGAGGCCACUGGAUGGAAGAAGUAUCAGUAGAUCUAUUUCCAUAUGACGCUGGGACGGAUAGUGGUUUCACAUUUUCCUCCCCAAACUUUGCCACUAUUCCACAGGACACAGUUACAGAGAUCACUUGUUCCUCUCCAAGUCACCCAGCAAACUCGUUUUACUAUCCCAAACUCAAAAUUUUGCCACCUAUUGCUCAAGUAACAAUGGUGAAAUUAAAGAAAAACCAGCUGGGUCUUCCUGCACCUUAUCUUAAUGUUCCAGCUAAAAGCAACGAAAUAAUAGACUCUGUCUCAGAAACACCACUGGACUGUGAGGUUUCACAAUGGUCUUCCUGGGGUCUCUGUAGGGGUCUUUGCAGAAAAACAGGGACCAAGAUUAGAACUCGUUUUGUACUUCUUCAACCUGCCAACAAUGGAAUGCCCUGUCCAAAUCUGGAUGAAGAAACAGGAUGUGAACCAGAGAAUUGUGUCUGAAAUAAAAAAAGAUAAUAAUUUAGAUAAUUUAAAAGUAGGAUAAGUUUAUCUGAAUCUAAACUAUAUGUCAGUCAAUGUUCCUUAUGAUUUGGGUAUGCUGCAAUAUUUUGCUGAAAAGGUAUAUUAGACUGGUUUUGAAAGCUUUUGUUUAAUAUGAAGAUUUUGGGGGGUUAAAUUCUUAAGAUUUAGUAUGACAAAAGUACUUGAUCAUUUACAGACCAAAAAAACCCAAAUAAAUCCUUGCUAUAAAUAUACUGUAAGUUCUUGGAGUACCCUCUAGUGGCAGAAAAGAAGACAUUUGAAAAGACUACUUCACACGUAAAAAUCUUUCAAUCACAAAAUCUAAACUACUAACAUUCUUAGAUACUGUAAUUUGCCAGUCUACAGCUAUUUAUACCUAGAAAUUAAUUUUCUCUCUAAAUUAUGUUUUAUAAUUUAUUGGCAGUUUUGUUGUCUUUCUAAACAUGCUUAACAUGCAUUUAUUCAGAAACUACUUACAUAAUUCAGAGUGACCAGAUGUCUGCAGUAUGGUUAAGACAAUAGUAUAACUGAGUAAACUUCUCUUGAGACUUAUGAAUACAUAAAAAUGCCUUUUUGGUUUUUUUUUAUCAAAAGUGAGAAGAAUAUCUGUCAUGAGGACACUUGGCCAAAAAAAAUUACUAGAAAAAAUUAGAAGUGUGGAUUCUA